AUUUACAUUUUCAAAAAGUUGGUGCUUUAUAUGAAGCAAGAUUUCCAGAUCGCCACAUUCCUUGACGCUAUGUAUUCGCUAAUCUUGUUCGUCGGCAUCCGAAAAUUUGAAAAUUUAGAAUCUAGACUAAUGAAUGUAGACAGAGGUAGAUUUGCAGCAGUAGAUUUGCUAUCGUCUGGGACAAGCACAUUGGAAUUGAUAGCUGUUGGUCCAACUCUUUGUCGAUGAAAUACGAAAUAAUUGUGAUCUGUGCGAAAAUGUUAGAACGUCAUACGCGCUAUCAGUGUGACGUAGACAUUUGAGGUAGGUCAGCACCUUAAAGCUAAACAAUCGCCAUUUUCAAUGCUUUUCUUAUGGGCAUUUAAAAGUUUUUCGUAUUUCUUUAAUGCUAGAAGUGUAGGAACAUUACUUUUACAGAGAAAUGAUAGCUAUGAAAAAUGCAAUGUCGUUUCUUAAAGAUUUUAGCAACUGAGCUAAUAUUUCUUUUUUCUUAAUUUGGACAUCAUAUUGAUGUAAAUUAUUAUGUGGCCUUUUAAAACUGAGGGAAAAAUGGUUUGCCACACUAAUGACAUUGGAUUUCUUCUGAAUGACGAAUUCAUGGGGUGCAACCGGCGCAACCCCAAUAAACGGGUUGUUUUCUGUCCCCCUCCCCCAUCACGAGGGAUGAAUAGCAGGUAUACGAGGGUAGAGGGUUCAGGCACAUACAUGGUUGAAAGUAGUACGGGUUGUGAGUUCUGUGCUUCUUUCGUGAGUGUCUUUUGUUAUCGUGUUUUUUCCGAUCGUUCUCCAUAUCUUCGUGUUCUUGAAUUUUUAAAAUUCUGUUUUUCCAAGACAUUAUCUCAUUUUUGUGGUACAUCAUUAGUAGGUUUUUACAUCACAACUAUGGGAAUGUGUUGGGCUCCAGAUUGCAAACACUAUAGUACUCGCGAUAAAUGCCAUUUUUUUAGUUUUCCUAAGUCGGGAAAAGAACGAGCACUAUGGAAAAAAUUGUUGAGAAGAGAUGUAGAACCCGGACCAGGAGCCUACGUUUGCAGCUGCCAUUUUCGGGAUGGAAGAAAGGAAAAUGGUCCUGAAUUAUUUUUGCACAAUAUCGCAAAAAGAGCCUAUUUUCAAGUGGAAUCUCCAGAAAAAAAAAAGAUGAAAAAACAAGGACUCCCUUCUUGUUCUAGUUCCGCUGAAUCAUUAAGUGUUGAUAUACCGGAAGAAACAGUACCAUCGACAAUGAAUUUAGAGGAAGUGCCAUCGACGUCUACAGCCGUAGUUGCAGCACCAGCAGAUAUAAUUCAAGAUGCUCCGUUAGAAUCUAUGGGUGUGCAAGCACCCUUGGUGUCACAUGCGGCUCUUGAAGCAGAAAUGUAUUUUCUCAAAAAGGAAAAUGCUGAACUUAAAGCAAAAAUACAAUAUCUGACAGUACGAUUUUGCUAUGAAAAUGUUCAAGGAAAUGACAAACUCAUUGUUUUAUAUACCGGUCUUCCCAAUAGCCAGAUUUUCGAAGCAUUGUUUCACUUAAUCGAAAAGUUGGACAUAAAAUAUUACCACAAAUGGACAGUCCAAAAGUUAACUAGAAUUGACCAACUCUUUUUAACCCUAGUAAAAUUACGACUCAAUUUCCCUCAACUUGAUUUGGCGCAACGCUUUGGGGUUGCCCAAAGCACAGUUUCUAAUAUUAUUUUAACAUUUGUCCAUGUAAUAUAUGAAAUUUUAUAUAAACAGUUUAUGACGACAAUGCCUUCGCGCGAAAAAAAUAAAUCUUGCUUGCCAACAUGUUUUAGCAAUUUUACUAAUUGUAGAGCAGUUCUAGAUUGUACCGAAAUUUUCACUGUGGUAUCACGGCUAAUUGGAGUUGCACCCAAUGGUGUCAUCACAUUUGUAAGUGAUUUAUACGUGGGAUCAACUUCUGAUCAAAAAGUUGUUUUAAAUUGUGGAAUAAUCGACAUGUUAAAAACUGGAGAUAUGAUUUUAGCCGAUAAGGGAUUUUUGAUCCAAAAUAUUCUGCCACCAGGGGUCACUUUGAAUAUUCCACCUUUUUUAUCAAAUGUCCAAUUUACACCAGAGCAAGUUAAGUGUACCGAAAAUAUUGCACGUGCAAGAAUACACGUCGAAAGGGCAAUACGCCGAUUAAAAUGUUAUCAUAUUUUAAAUUUUUUGCCAGAGUCUUUGUGCCACUAUGGAGAUAUUGUUUUUAAAGCGACUGCCGCUUUAACAAACCUCCAAUUUCCAUUAAUUAAAGAGGUAGCAGAAUUGUUUCAGGAUUGUGAUGAUUAAAAUAAUGUAAAAUAAAAACCAUCUAUUUAUAUACAGUUUAUUAUUGUGAAAUAAAGGAAAUAUAUUGGUCAAGAUAAAAUUCUUUUAAAAUAUUGAUAUUUUCUGACCACCCCGGAUCUUUUUCAAUUUGAAAUAUCUCUGUGCACUUUGGUGUCCACACGACAAAGUAGCAGAUACUUCGACCAGUGAUGUGCAUUUGCCCCUGUACUUGGUGGUAAUAAUUGUGAUUGCUGUUAAGAUUAAUGUCCUCAUUUUCAUCCCUCCAAUAAAAAUAUUUUUUAUCCUUCAGGGCUUCAGACAAACUGUCAGUGUCCCUAUAUUUAUAUGGGCAUUUAAUUUCGAGAAUCCCAUCUUCUUCCACUAAUCCAUCAGGACUUGCUCCCAAAAAGCCUGAUUCUUCCAACC